AUGCGGCGGUGGUGGUGCGCCGCCGGCGGCCUCGGCCGCCGCCUCCUUUCGUCCUCCACCUCCGCCGUCGCCUCCCAUGCCCGCCCGCUGCCGCCACCCCUGAUACCCAAAUCUCCCUCCUUUACCGUCCCUUUCUCCUUGUCCUGUCGCAGGCACCACUCUCUCCAGGGGUUCUUUCACCCGGCCAUCGCUUCUUCCUUCCGCUCUCCGGCGGCGCAUCAUCAGCAGGUGCGGCACUACGCCAAGAAGGAGAGAUCGCGCGCGCCGCUCACGCCCACCAAAUCCAAAGUCAAGAAAUACAAGAUCAAGGCCCCCUCGUAA